AAUCCCGAGGGAGGACGGAGGGGAGGAGUGGAGGUGAGGACAUAUCACUUUGGGAUAAAAGUUGCAGCAGCAGCAGACAUGAAAUCCUCCUGCAGAGUUUCUCCACGGACCAGCAAGCCACAACCGAAGUCUCUCCACGGCGGCAGGCUGAGAGUCGCCCUGUUCUUCUGAAGCAGACUCGCAGAUCUUUGAGGAAGAUCUACGGAGGAUUUCCUGACAGGUGCACCUGCUUAGAGACGAGCAGGACGAGUACUGACGCCGGAAGGAUUUCUCCCUGAAGAUAGUCGACAGUGAAGUGAACCACAGCUGCAGAAUGACGGCAGCCACAAAGCUCCUGGAUGAGAUGUGCCACCUGACGGCUCAGUCCCUGCCAGCGAUGGAAACAUCCGAGCACUUCAACGUGCUGAAGCUCCUGGGUGAAGGCUCGUAUGGUAAAGUCAUGCUGGCUGUGCACAAGAAGAGAGGUACUCCGAUGGCUCUGAAGUUCUUCCCUCGUGAGUCGACGUCUCUCCUCUCUUUCCUGAGGGAGUACAACCUCUCUCUGUCCUUCUGCACACACCCGUCCCUGACCAGGGCCAUGGGAAUCGCCUACUCCACACCUUCGCACUACAUCUUCGCUCAACAAGCAAGCCUCUUUGGAGAUCUCUUCGAUGUCAUCAUGCCCGAGGUCGGGAUGGAGGAGGACUGUUGUCAGCGGGUGGUGUCCCAGCUCUGUGGCGCUCUGUCCCACCUGCACUCUCUUGGUUUCGUCCACAGAGACCUCAAACCAGAGAACGUCUUCCUGUGCGACUCGGCCUGUCGCUGGGUCAAACUGGGAGACUUCGGCAUGGUAAAGGCCAAAGGUGCCAGAGUCCCAGAGGUCUGGUACAGCUCUCCUUACUGCACCCCCGAGGCUGAGAUUGCACGCGACAACGAGGACAGCUGGAGUAGCAUAAAUGACGGCGUUAAGAAUGACGCAGAGCUGAAAAAGAAGAGCAGAGUUUGGGUGUCCGUGGAGCCCAGCACGGACAGCUGGGCCCUGGGGGUCCUGACCUACGCCAUGCUCACAGGAAGUCAUCCCUGGGAUGAAACCGCCAGCGACUGCCGCGCGUACCUGAAGUAUCAGGAAUGGUUUGAGAGUGCGGGAGGCCCUGAUGACGAACUGGACGUGUGGGUGGAGCCUCAAGAAGGGGGCGCCGAGGAUGAUAGUGAUGUAAUCGGGGGAGAUCUUAGAAAGAAAGACCGCCUACCUGUGGCUCCGCAGUUCGCAUGUUUCACCCCGCUGGCUCAUUCCUUCUUCCUCUCGCUCCUCGACCCGAGGCCGCGGCUUCGUGGGCGACCUGAGGACGGGCUGAGUUACCUCGGAGGGGAGUGGUUGAUGGAGAGGGAGAGGGUACGGCUGGAUGAGGAGAGGAAGAAGAGCAGAGGAAAGGGGGCCAUCGGGAACAUGAAAGAGAAGGAGGGGAGAGGAGAGCGAUAAGGGGAUUUGUGCUGAUAUGAACACACAGAAAAAUCAAUCACACAAGAUGUGUGUUUUUGCUCUGCAAAGGCAUGGAGGUGAAAAGCAGGCGAACACAUCCACAUUCAUUCACGCAUCUCGAAUGGAGAAUCUGCUGCUCGUCUUUGUUUUGUGUCACUUCUGAUUUAAUGUGACUGGAAUUUGGUUUAUUGUUAAGACAAAGACAAUCAAAUGAAGCUGACAAUUCACACUCUCACAACUUGCUGCAAGCAUGGCGAUCUGUCCAGGGUGUGUGUACCCCGCCCCUCUCGCCCAAUGACAGCUGGAAUAGGCUCCAGUGACCCCAUGACCCUGAACGGUAAAGAUAAUGGAUGGAUGGCGAUAUGGCAGGAUGUCUCUCUCUCUCAAAUAAUACUUACUUGUCCAUUAAAGCCCCGUUUCCACCAAGCGGUUCAGUUCGGUUCCUCUUGGUACGUCACGCAUUUAGUGGCGUUUCCAUUGACUAAAACCGGGACAGGUCUCCAAAUUACCGAGCCGUACCGUCCCACUUUUUGGUCCCCUUCUGUUUUUUGUUUGUUUGUUUGUUUAUAUUUUUGGACUUUUUGCCUUUAUUUGAUAGGACAGCUGAAGAGAGACAGGAAAUGUGGGGAGUAGAGAGCAGGGGAAGACAUGCAGGAAAUGGUCAACUGGCUGGGAAUCGAACCGGCGACCCCUGCAACGAGUACUAUAGCCUCUGUAUGUGGGGCGCCAAGACCGCUAGGCCACCAGUUCCCCUUGGUACCCUUCUGUUGGGGUGCCAGACAUACUGAUCCGACUCCAGAAGGUGGAGCUAGAAACACUGCAGUCCGUUGAUUGGUUGAAAGAAUCGUCACUUCCCGUGCGACAGCGGUAAUAACGAACAACACAUAACCCCGCCAUGUUUAACUCUCCAGUGGACUUCGGGAAGAUCACUUCUUUUGUUUGGAAAAUGGCGUCAAGAAACAGAGUUCCAUGGUCCACAGUGGAGGUGCAGACUGUCCUUGCAUUUUUCUUCUUCAUUGCAUUUAAUAGCGCGGUACACUGCCAUGACGUCACGCUGUUAAGUAGCUGACGCGGCUAUCGGAAUCCAGCUUACACGCCACCCAUCAAGUAGGGCACUGUUGGCUGUGGAAACGCAAACAGGAUCAGGCGUUACCGAUCCGACCUGUACCAAACUGUACUGAGCCAUACCAGACCGCUUGGUGGAAACGAGCCAUGACACACUGCGGAGACCUGACUGAAGCGAUUCCCUGCAAGUCCAUCACAAAAACUCCCACCAACCAUUUUCCAUCAGACAUAUGUUCCCUAUUUUAAAAUCUCUUGGCCAGCCCCAGGACAGCAGAUGUUUUACUCAUGGUUUUUUCUUUGUUUUUUUUGCAGUAAACAAAUUCCUUUCCCAGUAUUUUUGUAAUUAAAAACCAGUUAUCACAAUGGGACCUUGUGUAUUUCAUCAAAUCCGACCUUCCUUGGAAAAAAAGAGUGCAGCUGCAGCUGCUGUUCAGGGGAUUAUUGGAGUUUAGUCAGGCUGUAAUGCUAUCAUGUACUUGUAAAAGAUACUGUACCCUCUUUAGCCUGAUGCAUCUAUAUUGGAGUGCAGGCUUCAGAGUGUAUAAAUCAGCAGGUCGUAACUGUAUGGACAGCAGAGGCGCAGAGUUUUUCAAGCCAUAAACACGUCUGUUAGCAGGCUGUAAGAGAGGCGCAAAGACCUCAAUACUCUCGUUUCACUUUGUCUUUUUAUAAUGCUUUUGUUUAAAGGAUGGAGAGUAAGCUAUUCAAGGUCACUUUCUUACUGUUCAUAUUUAGCUUGAUAGCACUUUUUCUAAGCUGUUUGCUGUAUUUUUCUGAGCAUCAUGACUCUGGGUCACAUUUUAUAUUUGUAUGUAAAUGCACACUGCCUAUUCUCUAACAGUUGUGUUCAGUAAAAUGUGUUAAAUAAAGAUUUAUUGUGUCAAAUUCAAUGCUAUAUCACAACUAUGCAACUACUUUAAGUGUUAUUGAUUGUAUAAUUCAAGAUUAUGUUUGAAGUUUGUUAAUAAAAUGUAUUUAAAAUG